AUGGUCAUUGAACCAAUCAUUACAUAUACCUCCAGUGUUUGGGGACAUAUUGCCGUCAAGAAAACGGUCCGAACAAAACUUAUAAGUCUACAGCGCGGCUUCGCUCUCAGAGCCAUCAGAGCCUUCAGGACGGUUUCCGCCAACGCAGCGAUCGCCCUGGCCCGUUUCACCCCCCUCGACCUCAAACUUCUACAGGCGGCAGAGACUGAGACCACCCGCAUUAACAGACAUACCAACAGAUUACCCAAUGAUAUCCCUAUUGAAACCCCUGUCCGUUUCUCGGACCUCCUUCACCCUGCAGAACGAGUCCCCAUCAAUACUUUAACCAAAGAUGCAUUCGCAGAAUUAAAACAUUCACUCUUCCACCACAUUUACACCGACGGCAGUAAGCACGAAGAAGGCUCAACCGGCGCCGCGCUUGUCGUAUACUCACCAACCUCCCUCUCACCACUUCACAACGACGAACAGACACAUAAACACACAUACACCAAACACAUCAAAUUACACAGCACCAGUUCUGUCUUCCAAGCAGAACUGAUUGCCAUUAAAUACGCCACAAUGUACCUAUAUACCAAAAACAUCACACAUGCCAUCAUUCUCACUGAUUCACAAUCAGCCAUAGCUGCAUUGAAACAAUACACCAAUACCCAUCCCAUCGUCACUGACAUACACAACACGCUCCAUUCCAUCAACCCAAACUCCACCCCUAACAUACAUUUUCACUGGGUCAAAGGCCAUUCAGGCAUACCCGGUAACGAACUAGCGGACGCCGCGGCUAACAAGGCAGCAUCCCUCCACAAAUCCCCCGACCUUAUUUCCUGUCCCAUUUCCCACAUUAAGAACAUUAUUAAACAAGACACCAAACUAAAAUCACAAUCCAGAUACAUAUACGAAACAGCCGGCAAAUUUACCAAAAAACUGUUUCCUCAACUCUCCAAUAUCCACGCAUUUUUCCAAACCAUCCCCGUAUCCUUUCUAAGGACCCAAUUCCUAACCGCCCAUUCAUUUGCAAAAGACUAUUUACACAGAUUCCACAUCACUGACGAUCCUUAUUGCCCCUGCAAUAACUCCACCACUCAAGACCUCAUCCACCUAAUCUGCGAAUGUCCCAGAUUCUCCUAUCAAAGGAGAACAUACGAAGAGACCUGCAACUUUAUGAAUAUAAACCCAUAUAAUAUAUCUAAGAACAUAUCGUAG